AUCCUUCGCUGUCCCGUCACACUUACUAGUGCAUCAGCGUAUCCAUUCAUUCACGGCUUCUUCUCGCUUUGGGUAGCCUCGUGUUAUGAUCAUUGAGCCCGGGAUGCUAGAAGGCAGUAUCUCCACGCAGGCCCCUCGAGGCGAACGAGCAUAAAUACCGACGGACAUAGAUGGAACGCAAAUUCUCACCAUGGACCUUACCACUGCCACCGACAGCUUCACGACCAUUGAAGAGGUCGACGCUGCCGUUGAGGACAUCCUGGCCCACGGCCUGCCCGAGGCGAUCGUCUCGAGGCUUACGAGCUUCGAGUUGCCCUUCUACGAAAAAUCGUAUGAACUGCGCCGCCUCACCGCUAUGAAAUACUUCUGCCGUCAAAGCCCUGACGUGACCCGGCACCAGAGGGUGCAAGACCAGCACAACCGCGCGGCCAUUCAGUCGGAGGAUGUCCCGCAGCGACACUUCGUAGGAUUCAAGCACGCCUUCCAUGAAAUAAACUACAUGAGCGGUAGUCCAUUUGGCGACGAUCGGAUCCAACAUUUCCUCGACCUGGGGUGUGCCCCGGGGGGCUUUGCCAUCUGGGUGUUGCAGAACAACAGGAACGCUCGAGGCGUCGGUGUCACCUUGUCCCCGGAGGCCAAAGGCAUCCGGAUACAACUUGGCACCAAGUUUCUGAAGCGGUUCGACGUCCAGUAUGGAGAUGUGUGCGAGAUUGCGACGGGACAGGCAACCAUAGGGGAGGUCCCAGACGGCGGUUUUGAGCUUGUCCUUGCGAAUGCUGCGAUCAUGUUGGCGGACGACAUCAUCCCCUGGGCGGACACAAUCCGCCUGGUAUAUGCCCAGCUACUAGUUUCCUUCCAGCACAUCGCGCAGGGCGGCUCCCUGGUGAUCAGUUUUAGGUCGCGUCCUUUGAAAUGGGUCGUCGACAUCGUUCGCCUCCUAGGUCAGGCAUUCACGUCGACCAGGACAGAGAACCCGUCAUUUCAGGGUCGACGCUCGUUUGCCUACGUCGUCUGCAGAGGUUUCAGUGCGACCGACGAAGAGAAGAAUAGGUACAUCCAUCGCCUCGGCGAAUGCGUGGAGUACUUGAAGAACGCCACCGGACGUGUUGACGACCCAUCCGGCCAUCCCGGAAAAACAUACCAGCACAUAGUGGACAUGUUCGCCAGCGUCUGGGAGCGCCAAUAUAACGCCAUCCAUUCCAAUUACGAAAAAGUGCUACUCGAGCAGCAGGCGUUCAAUGCGCAAACGAGCGUAGGCGAGGACAUCGGAGGUGGUCCUUGGCAACCUGUAGGACGUAGACCGGUCGCGCAGGCCAACGAAGGCGGCUCAUUUAAAUGGAGCCGUCCGACCGCACCGCCUGACGACAUCUAUCGGAAGCGCCGCAUGGAGAAGAACGCGGCUUACAACACGUUCUUCAGUCGUCGUGAUAGCGCGAGCGGCAGCGCUGAUGGCCCCGGCACCUGGCGGAGGAGCUAGAUGUGAGGACAGUCCAUGGCAGCUGGAAAUUCUGCGACUCAUUGUCUCGUUGAUGUUCUUGUAGAUCCUAGUCUCGCGGCAGCCUGCAUCUUGUACUACCGCUGCUGUCCUUCUGUUUUCA